AGGUAGUACAGCUAGUAAAACUUGGAUACAACUUCACUUAUUUGAGCCCCUUGGGUCGCUGUAAAUUUGAAAACAUUUUUAAAAAAAUAUAUAUAGGUACUUUAUUUUUCAUAUAUUUUCAGGUAAGGCGUAAAAUCUUUCUCAGCUUGUUUAUUGAAGGGGAAUUUAAAUCAGAAUGUCGUUAUGCACAAAUAAAGCAGAACAAAAUAAAAAAAAUCUUAAUGUCAAAUGCUUUAUAAAGCUAAAAAGAAUUAUCUAUGUCCAAAUGACACUGGUGAAUUAACCAUGAUUUUUCCAUUGCUAUCUCUAAUAAGCUUUUAGUACUUUAUCUUUGUAUUCUUGCGUUUUCAUUCUAAUUAGAUUAUUUAAAAAACUGUGGGAAAGUCCCCUUAGGCCAUAGAAGCAUAAGCAAAGGUGCAUUACAUUAUGUUGCAUCAUUUUUGUCUUUCCUUUGCUUUAAAAGAUUUUGCCACCUCUCUAUUGCUUGUCCCUUUGUAGAUUUACACACAAUAAAAAUGAAAAAUCUUUGCUACUGUUUUCAUUUUGACAGGUUAUUUGACACCAUGUCUUGAGUUUGUUUCUUUGCAGUAGCAGCAAACAACUUUAUUAUGUUCCACAGCACAUUAGUUUCCACGGUGAGGCAUUGUAGCAUUUUUCAAAUGCUCUGAAACCACAUAGGUUAAGCGAAGAAGCAUUGCUCCAAGAAGGACCCUCUAAGAUCUGCUGAAACAGAAAUUAGCCAUAUGCUAAUGCAAUUCACGUAUGGGUAGACUGAGACUUUUAGCUUGGAGGCAGUAGAAUAGUAUUCUCAGACCAUCAACAGCUUAGACACCACAAAUACCCGAGGCAAAGGGAGACUUUUACCAUGGAGUCCGAGGAAUUAACCCGCCAUCAGCUAUUUGUCAAAAAAUUUAAACCAACAGACGAAACGAUAUUCAAGUCGGUGGAGCAUUUUCCUGAAACCAUCACACAUGCGUCUUAUGUUCCAAAACCUCUAUCAAAAUUAGUAAAAUGUGGAGUUAAACAUUUAGAGGAAGGUUUUCCAACGAUAAAAGGAGAUCCACGCGCUUUCAAGUUUACCACCGAAUACGAAGAUGUUUAUAAGAAACAUCUUCACCAGCGUGUGCAGCCUGUUGAAAAGCAUUACUCCACCGUCAAUAUAGGUGAUCCUCGGAAAGGUUCAGAAACAAAGACAAUGUACAGAGCAUCAUACCCCAAGCUCAAUCUCAGCAGUUUUCACAGAGAGCCGAAGAAGAAAGAUAAUAAGGUGCUCAACCCGAGCGAUGUCUUUAAUGGCCCCUGGUCCUCGAUCUUCAAAGAUGACUUUAGAGCCCACAAAGUUGACCUUCAGGGAAUCUCCUCCCAUAAGUUUACUGGUCUCCAGAGAGCUACUAGCAACUUUCAACCAAAAAUAGCCGUCCCUUCGCAGCAAGAUAUUCCUAUAAGCAUGACACAAGCCAGCUUUAUUCCACAUCCACCAUCAAAACUGGUAAAACCCAAAGUCAGUCAUCUAGAAGAAGGUUUUCCCACAAUAAGAGGAGAUCAACACGAUGUCAACUUUCUCUCGCAAUACAGAGACGCCUUCAGAAAGCAUCUUGUCCAACCAGUAGAGCUAGCUGAAAGGCACUACUCCUCCGUCUGUAUGGGUAAUCCUGCAAAGGGUUCAGAAACAGAGACAUCAUAUUCAUGGGCAUUCCCUCAGAUCUCUGUCAACAGCCCAGUGAAGCCAAUAAUUCCGGAUGAGUCGAGGCGUAGAUAUGACGACAAAAACACCUGGGCCACCUCCAGAGAUGACUUUAAAUCCCACAAAGUUGCGCCUAUUGUCCUAGCAAAACGAGUCCAGAAUGUCAGCUCUCUGCCCUUUGUUGACACUAACAAGGAUCAAAGCCGAGAAAAGAUUCCUUUCACCACCAACAGUAUCUUCUUCUCACAUAACGGCUCACAGCCUCCAAUGACUUUACCUGAUCCCGACUUGAUUACGAAAAGUAACGUCUAUUUUGGCCCAGAAAGUGUGUCAAAAGAAAGCUACAAACCCCACAAAACUGAGCAGAACAUCCAACAGGAAAUAGAGCAACCCAAAGUAGUUACCUAUCCGGAGAGUAACAUUCUGACUGGACCAGAUUUGGAGCCAAAAAUCACCAUGACAAUGGCUGACUUCAAGGCUAAGAAGAUCACCCAACAGCCGCAGUGUGAGUCGCAGCAAACGACCAACCUCAAGUUCCCGCUGGGCGACGUGAGUUACAACACAUCCCACAAGGAUGAGUACAUUACCAGACCGUUGUUCCCGCGGCCUGCUCAGUACGACCAGCGCUACAGCCAAGUUAAGCUGAGAUGACUGAAUCACAGCAGGAUUUCAGUUCCUAAUAAAUAUUUUUGAACAGU